AUGGCCGUUAACUAUGGAAAAAUUGUCAGCAGCAAGACAAUUGCUCUGGCUACUCAGGAAGUUAUAGACAGAAAGUUAGAAGCAAAGGUGGAUGCCUUAGAAGAAGCAAUUUUACACAUAGGGCAGGAAUUAACAGCGCUCAAAGCCGGAACACCCCUCCCCCGCUCCCACCCCUUCCCGCCCGCUUCACGAACUGGGGCUUCUCGGCUCGCCCUAGAAGCUCUGCGCUCUGGGGAGGCCGGAACCUCGCCUCUCCGCUUCCCCCUCUCGCCUGCCUGCCCCGCCCCCCGCCCCCGCGCCCAGCGCCGCGCCGGGUGCGCUGGAGAAGCUCAACACAUGUCAAUUGAAUUGAACUGCUGCGGGCGCAGGCUGUACGCCGCCGCCGAGCUCCUAUCAGCACGACGUUACCGAGUGGAAAUUUAUGGAGCGAACGGUGCGCUUUACGGUAAUUGCGGUCCUCCACCGGCCUUCUGGGUAGCGAGGGGAGUCUCCGCGCGCGGCUGGGAGAGCCGCCCCCGCCGCCCCCCAUCCCCUCGGCUCAGGAUCAACGGGCCGCCCGCGCCGCCGCCGCCGCCGCCCAAGUCGGUCUCUCGCUCGCCCAGGACGCGCGCCCGGGCGGGGUGUGCGCAGCCAACUCGGUCCAAGCGGGGGAGGGGAGGACAAGGGGCGAGGGGGACGCCACCCAAGUGGUCUGGGGUUCGGACCCAGAUAGGCGAAACGCGCCGGGAAUCGAUGACGGCUGGGGAAACUCGGGCAAACCUUUUUGGGGAAUCACCCCUCCGACACCCCACCGCCCAGGCGCUGCAACGGAGGGUGAGCGGAGGGUCUGGAGGCUGCAAGUGCAAGAAUAGGGUGCCAGUAUGGUCAGAUGAGGGCCCUCUUUUGAGUUCCAGACUUCUCAUUGUAACCUCACAUGGCAGAAGAGCUUCAGGAGCUCUGUGGAGUCUCUUUUUUUCCUGAGUUCCUGGGAAGGCCUUGUUUCCCCAAAGGAACGAUUUCUGGUAGAAGUCUGAAGGUCUGACCCAAGAAAAAUAAUCCAGUAUAGCCAAUGAAUUGAGGACAAGAAGGUUUCCAAUCAGGCAUAGUACCUACGUGAGCCAUACAAUUAAAUGUUGACUGAAAAAAAUGCACAACCUGAAAGUUGAGAAUUAUGUUUUAUUUGGAGGACAUACUGAGGACUUAAAUCAGGAGACAGCCUCUCAGAUAGCUCUGAGAGACCCUUCUGAAAAGGUAGUAAUCUGCUGUUGCUAUCUUCAGUAUUCCCAAGGGAUAACAAAAGCCAUUUAAUUCAAGAAAGAAAUGUAAAAUUUAGCACAAUGCAACUUCCACAAAACCAAA